GUUUGUACUCUGAACACAGAAAUCCCCAAGUAAACCGAACGAGUCUGCAGCUGUAGGUGACGUUUUUGUUUUUGCCCCGUUGACAGCAUAUUUUUUGAUGUGUGACUGAAGUGGAAGUGAAAGUCAGACUCCAGGCUUUGCUCCAUCCAUGGCGUGCAGCAGCAGCAUGAAGCAGCCCGAGGCUGCGAAUCUCAGCGAGGAACUCACUUGUGCCAUUUGCUAUGAUCUCUUCAGAGAUCCAGUCAUGCUUGGGUGCAUGCAUCACUUCUGCAAGGAAUGCAUCACUACCUACUGGAAAAGUUCCAGAGGCCCAGCAACAUGCCCUCAAUGCCGCAAGGAGUUCACGACCAAACAGUUUCAGACCAACUACCUGGUAGCCGGUCUGGUCGAAAAGCUCAGAGCCAGUUCGUCACCUGGAUCCGUGAGGAAUUUACAGAAGCAGAUUAAGGACGGCCUUGAGUCUCAAAACUCGCAGAAAGAAGAGCUACUUGCGAUGAUCCGUAAAGACAAAGAACAGAUGAACAUAAUAAAAAAAGUUGGCGCUGAUCUCAGGAAGAGGGUGUGUGGCGACUUUAAAGCUCUGCACCACUUGCUUCAAGUGGAGGAGACAGCCAUGCUGGAACAGCUAAAGAGGGAUCAGACAGAGAUGGAGAAAACCCUGGCAUGUCACCUCGAGGCCCUGCAUACAGCAGUCCGAGAACUGGAGGAGACUCUGGCCUCACUUCAAUUAGCUGCCAGCACCAUAGGCAACACGGCACCGCUGCCAGAAUUAAGUUCCAGACCACGUGUUCCAACUAUCAAAGCACUGUCUAUUGAAGGUUUGAAGAGCAAAUAUAUAGCGCCUCUUCAGUAUACUUUGUGGCGGAAAAUGUUUCUAAAUUUAAAACCAGGGCCGCUUCCACUGACCUUUGACGAGGACACUGUUCAUCCAGGCCUCCAGCUCUCUAGAGACAGGACCCAGGUGGUCGAGACUGAAGCUCUGCUGCCCUACAAACUCAAUCCGAAGCGCUUCGUUCAGUGUGUUAAUGUUCUCGCAGCCCAAGGAUUCCAUACAGGCAGACAUUACUGGGAAGUGGCCGUCGGCACCAAGACCAAGUGGGACAUCGGAGUUGCCCUGGAAACGGUGAAUCGGCAGGCACGCGUGAGGCUCUGCCCCAAUAAUGGGUAUUGGACCCUGCGUCUGCGCAACAACACCGAGUAUUCAGCAGGCACCCAACCCUGGACCCCAUUGCGUGUGACCUCUCGACCUCUAAGGAUUGGGGUGUUUUUGGACUGCGAGGAGCGCAGAGUUUCCUUUUACAAUGCCGAUGACAUGAGUCUGCUCUGUUCAUUUUCCAACGGGCCUGUAGGAAAGGCUUUUCCAUUCUUCAGCACGUGUCUCAGUGAACCUGGACAAAGAGCUCAGCCGAUCCAACUGCUGCACUUCCCCACCAUGGCUGUCCGAAAGUCCUGAAGGCUGGAAGCUUCAGAUUUUUUUUAUGAGCUGUGUAAAUUACAUACUUGUAGAUAACAAGACUAGAUUAUAUUAUUUUAAGAACUUAUGUAAUGAUACAGCUGUCUCUAUUCAGAUUUUAUUAUUGCUAAUUUAGUAGUUCAUAUGCAGGAACUACUCUGGCAUUUAAUGUAUGAACAAAGAUAAUUUACAGUUUUUUAAUCUCGUUAUCUUGCAAACUGUUGACCAAAAAACUGUUAAACAGAAAAAAACUGUUGACUAGAAAACAGCUGACCAAAGAUAUGAUUUUGCCCAAACAAGUGACAGUGAUCAAGCAGAGCAUUAAUGUUAAGCUUGCUAUGUUGACAAGCAGCAUGACCGUUAUCUAAUAUUCUGUCUUGGUGAAAACUAUGGAUGGCUAUCGCCGGUCACUACCUGAUACAAUUUUAUCACGUUACUCACAGUAGGUGAAGAUUUGAUUAAUGUUUUGAUUCUGGAAAAAUCCAGAUUCAAUAUUAUUUUUCUGAUUUGAUUACAAUUUGAAGGCCUUGAACUUUUUCUUUGUCAUACCUUAAACGUUUUAUGCCUUGAAAGUUGUAAGGUUUGUUUAAAAUUUCAAAAAAGAUGAAUUUUUAGUUAAUUGCCGUAUUUCUGUCAUCCGCAAUUAUUAUUAUUUUUUUCAAACAAAUUUGGCAAAUAAUUCACUCCUACCAUAUGGGAUGCUGGUGUUUAAAUAGUUUAGAGUGUAGCACCUGUAGGAUUAUAAAGAAACGUGCAUGUUGUAACAUGGGUGCAUUCGGCUUCAAAUGUGCAUGCUUUAGACUAAUUAGCGCAUAUGGUGUUUUAAAUGUUAAUGUGUGUAUAAAUAGUGGGUUUCGAGAGUAUUUCGCUCGCAGGCUUUUCAACACAUGUAACUUUACAUACAUGUAGGGCUAUAAAAAUUUGUUUUUCCGAGUGCACCGCAUAUAAGCUCAUGCACUCGGCACAGUAUGUAACAGAUGUGGCAAUACAUGAAUCGGCAUACAAAAGAAUUGUAAUUCAUAAAUGAAUCAAGCAUUCCCCCCAUCUCUAGUAAAAACAUACUGUAACACACACUUUAAAGAUUUCAUUUGUACCUGUGCUUGAGAAUUAAAUGUUAAAUAUAGAUAUGCUGGAUCAAUUGUAAAUAUUUUUGAAUUUUUAAUACUGUAAUAACUUUAACAAAACAUAUUUAGCUGAUGCAUUUAAGCCAUUAAACAACAAUUAUGAUUACCUAUUCAGCAGUCAUCACUUUCACUAUGUCUAUAAUAAAUAUACACUAAUAAAUUCAAAUAUAU